CAGUUCGCGCCGGAGCUCAGUCGCCGGUGUGGCGCGGGCGCGCGGCGGCGGCUGCAGGCAUGGACGACGAGGAGGAGACCUACCGGCUGUGGAAGAUCCGUAAGACCAUCAUGCAGUUGUGCCACGACCGUGGCUACCUGGUGACUCAGGACGAGCUGGACCAGACCCUGGAGGAGUUCAAGGCGCAGUUCGGGGACAAGCCCAGCGAGGGGCGGCCGCGGCGCACGGACCUGACCGUGCUGGUGGCCCACAACGACGACCCCACCGACCAGAUGUUUGUCUUCUUCCCUGAGGAGCCCAAGGUGGGCAUCAAGACCAUCAAGGUGUACUGCCAGCGCAUGCAGGAGGAGAACAUCACGCGCGCCCUCAUCGUGGUGCAGCAGGGCAUGACGCCCUCGGCCAAGCAGUCGCUGGUGGACAUGGCCCCCAAGUACGUCCUGGAACAGUUCCUGCAGCAGGAGCUGCUCAUCAACAUCACGGAGCACGAGCUGGUCCCAGAGCACGUGGUCAUGACCAAGGAGGAGGUGACGGAGCUGCUGGCUCGAUAUAAGCUAAGGGAGAACCAACUGCCCCGGAUCCAGGCCGGGGACCCCGUUGCGCGCUACUUCGGCAUAAAGCGAGGACAGGUGGUCAAGAUCAUCCGGCCCAGCGAGACCGCGGGCAGGUACAUCACCUACCGGCUGGUGCAGUAGCGGCUGCUGGCAGAUGGACGAGGACGGACGCCGCCCUGCCCGGGGCCCUGCUGUCCCGAUCACCGCCCGGUGGGCAGCCCCUGCCUGUUUCCCUCUGUGCAGUGGAGGCUCUCGGCCUGGCCUGCUCGACUCGGAAGGGCCAGGACCUGCCCCGAGCCCCAGCCCCGCCCGCCCGGCUCCCCUGGACGUGGGUGCUGUGAGCUCCGUGGGCUCCGGGUGACAGCGUGGGCAGCGUUCGCGGUCGGCGUGGGGCGCGGCCAGCUCAGGGGCCGGGGUUCUGUGUGAAUAAACAUUCUCGACUGGAA